AUGACUGUUGCGUUGUCGAGGGGAGCUGAGGCACAAAAUUUCAUGUCGUUCCUCACCCCAUUUCUCGGCAGCGGCCUUUCCGGAAAUAACGAGGGCGCCGCGGCAGCUGCCUCUUCGUCUUCUUCUGGAUUUGGGGGUCUCUUAAACAAUUUUGCGUCAACCGGAAAUAGCGCGGGCCCGGGCAGCAACAUGCCAUUCGCCGAGAUCGCUCAGCUGGGCAUGCAGCUGCUGAACAAGGGCGGCCCUGGUGGUGGAGGUCGAAUGCCACCCUUUGGCGGGCCACCUCGACCUCGUGGUGGAGGAGGAGGAGGUAUCGGUGCCAUUUCGUCGGCGGACUACGACGAAGUGAACCAGGUACAACACCGAAAGGCGGAACGCAUCCGAGCCCAGCAGCAACGACAGCAAAAGAUGCAAAAACAGCGCCAAGAGCAGCGCCGCCGCCGUCAGCAAGCCGCACAGCGCAAAAGGAUUGAGGCCCAGCAGCGAAGACGGGAAGAUCUUGACUAUCAGACAAGCGCCGAGCAACAAAGACCCGAAUUUCAAUUCCAAAUGGAGCGCCUGCAAAAGGCACGCCAGGCCAAGGCGAGGCGCGAUUUUCAGUGUCUCCAGUUUGGUAUCAACCACCUCCCGGAUAUCAGCCACCAUCCCGCCCUGAUUUUCAUGAAGCCACCCAUCUCAUCCGCCAGCCACAACAGCCUCGCCAAGCUU